ACAAGAAAAGUAAAUAUUAUCUGAGAAACAGCUUUCAAGAAAGUUUGAUACUAUAGAUAAGUCAUUUUGACUCGUUAACUUAUAUAAAAGGUUUUUAUCAUUUGAACUCGCGGUAAUACCGUUCUGUCUCUAAUCAAAACGUUCGAAAAAUUAUUCAAUUUUUAAUUCAGCAUGGGCAAGCCAAUUUUAGCUUAUUGGGAUUUAAGAGGUCUUGCUGAACCUAUUAGGUAUUUGCUUCAUUACAAAAAUGUACAAUUUGAAGACAAACGGUACCAGAGAGAUGGUACUUGGGAAAAAGAAAAGUUUACUUUCGACUUGGACUUUCCAAAUUUACCAUACUAUAUGGAUGAUAAAGUGAAGUUAACUCAAAGUACCACUAUUUUAAGGUACUUGGCAAAAAAAUUUGAUUUGGAGGGCAAAAGUGAAGAAGAACGAUUGCGCGUUUCAUUAGCUGAACAACAGAUCCUCGAUUUUCGCCUUGCUUUCUUUAUGACGAUUGCUUCUCCUGAUUUUGAAAAGAAGAAGGAAGAAUAUUUGAAAAAAGUACCGGAUUCCUUAAAAUUGAUUUCAAAUUUCCUUGGAAAUCGAAAGUUUCUGGCUGGGGACAAUGUGACGUAUGUUGAUUUCAUGGCUUAUGACGUAUUUGAAUUCAAUGUUUUCCUUUCAAAGACUAUAUUGGAUGGUUUCCCUAUAUUGAAAGCCUAUCAAGAGCGCAUUCGAAACUUGCCUGAAUUAAAAUCGUAUUUUAGUUCCAUUACUUACAAAAAAUGGCCGAUUGUUGGACCAAGAGCUGUUUGGGGCCAUAGUGGAGAAAUGCCUCAAUGAACUUGGAAAAGAUUUUAUAAACAAGAACAUUUUAUGAUUUUCUCAUAUAACUGCAACAUUAUUUCUAUAUUUUUAAUUUAGUUUUCAAUUGAUUUUCUUGAUUGUGCAUCAAAUAAAAGUAUCAGAAAAAAAGACAGCGUCUUCUACUCAAUACAAAUGAAAAAUAUUCUUCUUUCUAGUUUACUUUAAGAUUGAUGGAAAGAUAUUUGAGAAAUAAAAACCAGAUUUCACUUUCUCUUUGUGUAUCUUCAACAGAGGGAGAAGUCUUUUCCUUCCUCACUGCUUGUAAAAAUGUUUUGUCGAAAUGCGUCAUUAAAUUUCUAUAUUGCUU